AUGGUAGAUGAGAUCUUGCAUGUUUUUGAAGGCUUUGGCGCAUACACAGUUUACCCAGAUCUAUUGGAGCUUCUAGAGCUCAUACAGCAAGAGCACUCCGAAGUGGUAUUAGGAGUCGUAAGCAAUACAGAUCCGAUCAUGUACAAGCUGUUAGAGAACAUCGGCUUAAAACCGUAUUUCAAAAACCACGUAUAUUUAUCGUACGACCUCGAGCUUUCAAAGCCGGAUCCAGUUUUCUUCGAAGCAGUGCUACAUGAUGUUGUAAAGCAGCACCCGGAGCUCCUAAAGAAUUCGACGCUUGAGGAGCUGAAAACUGACUGUUGGCAUGUGGGCGACGAGGAAAACAAUGACUUGAAUUGCCCCGCGAGCGCAGGGUGGAAUGCUGUGCUUCUUGAUCGAAUGAAUAAGUACAAUCACUUUUCUGAGAGUUUUGAAAGGGCUCAGCGCAGUCUUCACCAACUGUAUACAGAUAAGAUAGAUAACGAUUCGGGUAAAAGUUGGCAGCUAUCCAUGAAACAAGUUGAUGCUAUUCAGUUAUCGGAACGGCGGUUUGUCAUUUCGAACUUUCGGACGCUGAGCCAAUUGUUAUUCCCCAGUACCAGCAAUGGUCCAAGUUCUAAUUAA